UCUAAAUCUUAUUGGCCUAUAAAUGGCUUUCUUUUCUAAGGGAUCUUACGUAGUACGCUCUCUUUAGUCCCGGACGCUAUCAGCUUGUUAGUCUGUUUCUAGGUGAGUCAUGUCUGGAAGGGGCAAAGGUGGAAAAGGUCUUGGAAAGGGAGGAGCCAAGCGACAUAGGAAGGUGUUGCGCGACAACAUACAAGGUAUUACGAAGCCUGCUAUUCGUCGCCUUGCUCGUCGUGGAGGUGUGAAGCGCAUUUCUGGCUUGAUUUAUGAGGAAACUCGUGGUGUGUUGAAAGUAUUCCUAGAAAACGUUAUUCGUGACGCCGUCACAUACACGGAACAUGCCAAACGAAAAACUGUAACUGCUAUGGACGUGGUGUAUGCUUUGAAACGCCAGGGUCGUACAUUGUACGGUUUUGGUGGCUAAAUCUGACAUGUGGAUUAUUGGUAUAGCUCCACUGCCCUGUUUAGGGCUAACAUUUUGAUGUAUAUACUGUUACUUUUCAUUUGCUUACUAUUGUCAUUAUAUCUUGCAUUCAC